AUCAUGAGAAGGACGAGGACGAGGAGGUUCGCGGUGCUGUAUUCGGCGUGACCGUUGUUGCAGAUAUACAUGGGACAGUGUGUUUUAGAGUCGAUUCUUCAUUGCCAGUUGCUGGUGGUGGUUGUGCUGGUGCUGCGGAACCUCGGCGUCUCAUGAUUGAUGGUCCGCUGUUAUUGGAUCCAUGAAAGACCUAAUACCUCAUGGUCUAAUGUGGCCUACUCAAGCUCAUUGCGUGGUUCAAUUCCGUGGAGAGUUUGCCUUUGCUACUCCGUUUGUUUGGAACUUUUAGGCGGCAUUUGGAUGAGCGAUCUUCGCACACGUGGAGUACUCAGGAGAUGGAUGAUGCUGGGGAGGUCCACGUUGGAUGUGAGAUCGUCUCUGGUGCAAGGAAUAUUCAUUCAGUCAAGUUAUAAGGAUGGCAUGCCGAUGAUUCGGGACCUUGGUGAUGACAAUGGAGACGAUUCAGCAGAUCAGCCCCUUCACCACUUGAUAAUUACAUCGCGCAUGCGUAUGACAAUUGGUGACGACGAGGCCAGAAACAGUGUAUUGAGUGAAGAGAGCGAAGAGUCAGAGGAAGGAAUCCUGGGAGAGGAGCAUCAGAAGGAAGAAGAGAGUGAAGAGGUAGGUCACCUUAUGGAGGAGCCAGUGAUGGAAGAUUCUGAAAUUCAAGUGCAUGCGGACAAUCACGGAGAUGAAACCAAUACUGAGGAUGACGAAUCAGACCAUUACGCGGAUCGCGAAGAAACCCAGCUUGUAGUCCAUGUUCAGGUGGAAAAUUGUGAGAAGAACCAUGGAAAUACUCGUGAGGAAAAUCUCGAGAAUCAUUGAAACCUAGACAAGGAUCAUGAACUAGAUAAUUGCAAGGAUUACGGAGAUAACCGCGCGAUAAUUAAUGGACGAGAUUAUGCAGACAGCCAUGAGGAAUGUCUUGAGGAGUAUCGUGAGGUACAUCAUGGGAGUGAGAAAUGUCAGAAGAGGGACGAUCAUACUAAGUCUCACUCUGAAGAUGACCGAGAGAGAGCUUAUACUGAAAGUGAAUGAGCAAGUGACUCUUAUCAACCUUGCAGAGGAAUCAGAGUUUGAGGCUGAUAAGAUGGAGGGUGAUUCGGUAUGUAUUGGAAUGAACGGAGCACUACAUGCUGAAGUAAGCGCGCUGGAACUGCUGAGUAAUGCAGAUAUUAAAGUUAACGGCGAGCAGCCUGCGCACCAUGACCAGUCUGACGUUACAGAGGAGGCACAGCAGUCGGGAUAUUCUAGAAACACACAUCACGACCGGAUAGUUCCUAGAUCAACCAAGCCAGCCUUGACAAAAGCAACUGAAAAAUUACUCAUUGACAAAAGGAAGUCACACUCAAUUGUACCCCGCGGUAAAAUAGCUAGACCAUCCUCUGCUCCUACUUUAGGGACACUCCAUGCUCAGUCUGAACCAGAUAGAUACAACAGAGCCAAGCAUGCUACAACAGUGGAAGUAAAGGCCUCAGAUUGUGCCUUACAGUCUGGGAGAGCUGCUCACACAUGACCAUCUGCAAGGUUGUCGCGUUCUAAGCUCACUAUUCCGCAGCCUAUCCAACUGGCAACAGAGAAAAGAGCGUCCUCAAUCGGACGUCCUGUGGAUUCAGAUGCACUUAAGCCUCGUACCCCAAGUCACCUGAUGAGGAGAUAUUACCCAGCCGCUCAUACGAAGAAUGGGGGAGCGAUUUCGGGAGUUAUUAGAGCUGCCUCUUCACGGACGUCGAAGGAGGAUCAGGAGGCACUUGAGACAAUAGAGAUAGACAGAGAAGCGAAAUUUGAGGAGACGUUGGCAGCUCUCAGGCUCAAGACUGGUAACCCAUCCGAAUUUUGCUUCAUGAGUGAUGAGCGAGCUGAAAAAAGACGACAGUUUUGAUCCAAAUUGGAAGAAAAAAUGA